GCGUUUUUUCAAGUGAUUAAGUGUAUCGGUAGUGAUACAUUGUGAAUAAUCGCGAUCGUCAUAAUCGUUAUAAUCGUUAAUCAAUUUAUCGAUUCAGUGCGUGAGUGUAAAAAUGUAAAUGUAUCGAUACAAAAUAAUCGAUAGAAAACUCGUGCUAUUCGCUGCCGUGCAGCAAUUAUUUGUUUAAUUAUUUUAUUUAUGAAGAAUCUCUACAAGGUAAGAAUAAGUGAGUGAGUGAACGAAUGAGAGGGUGAAUGAGUGAGUGAGCGAACGAGCGAGCGAGCAAGCAAGCAACAUUAGAGAGCAAGAAGGAGUGAGUAAGAAAGAGAGAGAGAGAGAGAAAGUGUUGUGUGUGUAUGUGUGUAAACGUGUAUGUAUGUAUGUAAUACUCGUACACGUUCUCAUACAUAGCACAUACACACACAUACACACACUCAUCGCGUAUAGCAAACAGCUGAUCGAGUGCUGUAACGGGGAGAUUUAGAACAAUCGUUCGUUUUUAAAGGAUCGUAUUCUUGAAUGAUUUCUAAGAUGAUUUUUCUUUUACGAAAAUUUUGUCUGAAGUUAGUUUUUAAAUUAUAAAAGGAAAUAGUGAGCGAAUUAUGGGAUGGGUACGCUGUAGCGCUCGAGUCAGCUGUAGCGAGCGGGGGCGGCUCACUUGCGCAUAGUACAAUUGGACACGUUGCAAUUGCGCACUGUGUUAUUAGACACAUAAAGUUACGCACCGUUCAAUUGGACACAUUGUUUUUGGACACAACACAUGUUUUUGUAUAAAUUAAAAUACACACGCAUGUAUGCAUGUAUAAUUUUGAAAUUUUUUGACAUUGAUUAUUAAUUUCAUUUGGUAAAUAAAUAUUUGUUACAGUUUGUUUACACACAGUUCUUUUGUGCACAUUUCUUUUGCACAUAUUUCGGAUCCGAUCGGACACUAAUAUGAACUUUGUAAGUUGUAAAGCGAGGUCCACCCAGCCUACCGGUGGCGACGCUGUGGGAGAGGGUCGAAGGACUCCCUUGCACUCCCCCACCGUGUGUGCGUGCUUAAGAAAUGUGCGUAAAAGAAAUGUGCACAAAAGAAAUGUGCGCAAAAGAUAUGUGCGUAAAAGAAAUGUGCGCAAAUGAAAUGUGUCCAAUCGAAUGGUACGCAAUUUUAUGUGUCUAAUAACACAGUGUGCAAUUGCAACACAGUAUCCAAUUUUACUGUGAGCAAGUGAAGGCUUCUCGGAAAUAGUGAGUGCCUCGCGUAAGCGUUGAAUGACCAUCAGCUAUCUAAAUGACAAUUAAGUUCUACUAAAGAGAAAUAAAGAAGUAUAAAAGAUUUUUAUAUAAUUAGUAUUAUUACAUUGAUGAUUAAUAUUGCUAACAAUAUGCGACGUUCUCAUUCGGGCUACAGCUACGAGCCAUUACCAAGUACAUCUACCCACAAUGUCAUGGAGGAUGAAAAUGAAAGAAUGACGGAAGAGCUGAAAGAUAAAAUUCAUGCUUUAAAAUCUUUAUCUAUUGAUAUUGGCACUGAAGUAAAAUAUCAAGACAAAAUAUUGAGAAAUAUGGAUGAUGAUUUUGAAAGGACAAGUGGUUCCUUAUCAAGUUCUGUAGCACGUGUUUUACGACUCGCAAAAGCAGGCUACAAUUACUAUAUCUUAUACUUGUUUCUUUUUUCUAUAGCAGUAUUUUUCAUAUUGUGGAUAGUAUUGAGAUUUAAAUGAUUGUACAUAAAAUCUAUAUCUGAGAGAGAGAGAGAGAGAGAGAGAGAGAGAGAGAGAGAGAGAGAGAGAGAGAGAGGUGAGGGAGGGGGGGCGGAGAGGUAAAAUGUAUAUAAAAUAUAAUUAAGUCAAAAUUGGAAAUUUUAAAUAAGUUAUAUAGCUGAUUUCAAUGUUCUUGAAUUAUUUUAUAAAAAAAUUCAUUCAUUUUAUUAAGAUUGCAUUGUCUCAUAUUUGUAUAUGAAAAUAUUAAUUAAUCUAUAUUUAUAUACAGAUAUGUUCUACAUUGGAAAUAAAUACUAUUUUUUUCAAAAA